CUCGGCUUUAAAGAGCGGCGGCCGCGCCCCGUCGGGCUGGCCGGGAAGGAAGCUGCGGUGUCGGGCAGACGGCGGCCCCGGAGCUCGGAGCGGCUCCAGCACAGAGCGGGGUCCCUGCUCCCUGCACAGGGCAAUCCUCACACCUUCUCCUCUUCCCCUGCAGCACCACAGCUUCCAGUUCCACCUGCGACUCCGCAGGUUGUGGUUCUGGGCUGUCCCUCCGACUGGGUUGGAUACAAUGGAGUGUGCUACUACUUCUCAAGUGAUUCCAGAAGCUGGGAGCAGAGUCAAGAGCGGUGCUCCGAGCUCGGGGCCUCGCUGGCCAUUCUCAAGGAGGAAGAAAUGGAUUUUUUCUUUCUCCUCCGCGGGAACGGCGAUUACUGGCUCGGGCUGCGCAGACGGGGCGAGCAGCUGCAGUGGGAGGACGGCAGCAGCUUCAGCUCCUGGGCUCCUGUCCUUGGCAAUUCCGAGUGUGUGUACCUGGCUGACAAUAAAUUCAGGAGUGUGAUGUGCUCCAAUCCGCAGCCGUAUCUGUGCAGCAAGGCCCGAGCUCCCCUGUAACAGGGGGUGGAGAAAGGACCUUCUCCCUGCUGGGCAGUGCCACCUUCCCCUCUUAGGCCGGCACAGGGCUGUGCUUUCUCAGCU